UUUCCCUUUUCCCCUCUUCUUUUCCACCCUCCCCCUGCAUUUCCCCUUCUCAAAACCCUAGAUUUUGAAUCUAGGGUUUGAUUUUUCCACCACUCCUUCUCCCUUUCAUUCCACCUCUCCUUCAACUUUCUCGCUUUUUGCUUCCCCUCCUCUGCAUUUCUCUUAUCACUCACAUUUCCCAUCACUGCUUUCUUUGCUUUAGGUGAAACCCAUUUUUGUUUCACCUCCAUUUUUUAGUUUUUCUUUGUUUUUUGUCACUCUUUGUGCAAAUUUACUUCUGGGUUUUGUUCUUCUCCAUCUCUUGUUAAACCCCUUUUAAACCCUUCUCUUUUUUUUUUCAUUCAUUUUGUUGGUGUUCUUGGAAGAGGGCUACGAGUGGCUACGAGUGGCUCCGUUUGACAUUUUUUUCACAUCUUCUCUUCAAUUUCUAACGAGGGUAUCUUGAAAAAACAACUCUUGAUUAGAAAAUGCUUGUUGGGUCUUGGAAUUCUGCACUUUUGUGUUAUGGUUAGUGAUUUGGGUUUGUAAAAAAGCAUUUUGUUGGUUGUUUAGACCACCCAAGUCUUUGUUCAGUGAGGCUAUUCUUGCAAGUAAAUGAAUGGAUGGGAGGGAAGGCAUAGCAUUGUCUGGUGGCUCUGCUUCUUAUUACAUACAUAGAGGAGGAGGGCUUGGUGGGUCUGGAUCAGGGGUGCCUACGGCUGGAUCCCAUGCCUCCCCUGUGUUCCGGCCGAUGGCUAACCAGGGUGUUCUGUCUCACUCAAAUCUCAGAGGCAAUUCUGUUGGAUCAACAUAUUCUGUUGAGCCAUCUCAUUCAAAUUAUCUUCGUGGGAUGAGUAUCAAUGCCUCAGCUGGAGUGAACUCUGGUGAACCUGUAAAGAGGAAGAGAGGGAGGCCCCGGAAAUAUGCUCCAGAUGGGCAGGUCUCAUUGGGUCUGUCUCCCAUGUCUGUUGGUUCUAAGCUCUCACCCGGCAUGAGUUCGUCGACCCCCAGACGAAGACGAGGGCGGCCACCUGGUUCUGGAAGGAAACAACAAUUAGCUCAACUUGGUGAAUGGAUGAACGAUUCAGCUGGACUAGCCUUCGCCCCACAUGUUAUUCACGUCGGAGCUGGUGAAGACAUCGUAGCAAAAGUAUUGUCGUUCGCACAGCAGAGGCCAAGGGCUGUUUGCAUCUUGUCUGGGAAUGGUACCGUUUCUUCUGUAACGCUACGUCAACCUGCAUCUACUGGCGUGAGCGUCACAUAUGAGGGUCAUUUCCAGAUAUUGUGCUUGUCUGGUUCUUACUUGGUGGCUGAAGAUGGCGGUCCUCGAAGUAGGAUGGGCGGUAUUAGUGUUUCCCUCUCUAGUCCUGAUGGUCAUGUCGUCGGCGGUGGCGUUGCCGUUCUUAUGGCCGCUGGCCCCGUUCAGGUAGUUGUAUGUAGUUUUGUUUAUGGUGCAAAGAUAAAAAACAAGCAGGUCGCUGGUCUGAAAAGCAACGACGAUUCCAGAAACGAGCACCAUGAUAAUAUGGUUUCGCCUACGAGUGCCCCAUCUGCCCACACCUACAACCCGUCUUCGAUUGGUGGUUGGCCCGGUUCCCGUUCGAUUGAUGUGAGAAACUCCCAUACUGGAAUUGACUUGACGCGAGGAUGAUGAAUAUAUGUUGCAACAUACACAUGUUGAUUUUGUACAUAUGUGUUGUUGUAAAUGAACUGAACCGAACCGAACCUUGUGAGGAGGACCGUAGCGUUUACCGAGUCGACUUCUUUUUGCAGCAGUUAACAUAUUGAUGCUAACAUAUGGUAUGUAGCAAGAGGCUUCAUUUCGAGUUUGUGGACUCGAUGUUGAUUUUAUUGGACAGAGUUUCGAGUUUUUGGAGGGUAAGAUUGCGGGGCUGCUGUAGCGGAGGAAGUACGUUUGGUAGUUCGAGCGGGAAUUUUCGAUUUAAUGAAAAUAUUAGGGAGUUAUAGGACCUUAUGUUGUGUUCUAAGAUGUAAUUUUUAGUUAUAUAUCAGAGUAUUCUCUUAUUUCAAUUUCCUUUUUUAAAAUGGUGAACAGAACUGGAAUGGAAUAGAAAUUAGUUCUUUGUUCAUAAACUUUGUA